AGACGUUAUUUUCCGCCUUUUUCUAUCUGUUCCACAAGUCAAAAUUUCCCAAUAAGUUUUAACAAUAUUUACGAAAUAUCCUCUGUUUUAUAAACUAAAUGCAAAAAUUACGUUCAUUAAAUUUUGUUUUGAUUGCACAAUUAGUUCUUAAUAUUUAUCUUUAUUAAUUUACUUCCCAUCUCACAGUCCAACAGUGUGGAAUCAUAAAUCGAUGGCACCAAGUGUAUAGUCGGACUUAUUUUGUAGUGACACCAAUUAAAAAUGGCCGCUCAAGACGCGCCGGUUUGUCAAAUUAUUUCGUUUCAUGACAGUAAAACGUCUCCAGACCCGUUUUUUGAACUUUCCCCACAAUGCUUGAACCCAACACCGGCUCCGAUAGUGAUAGACAAUGGUUCCUUCCAGACCCGGGCCGGUUGGGCCGCUUCAGCCGCCGAGUUGAGCUCUCUCCUGCUGCAGUUCAGGUCGGUGGCAGCGCGCAGCAGAGGAGCAGCCCGCAGCGAAACCCAGAUCGGUAACGAUAUACCGAACCUGGAGCCGCUGCGGUGGCUUCUGAAGAGUCAGUUUGAUCGGAACGUGGUAGUAAACUUCGAAAUCCAGGAACUCAUCUUUGAUUAUAUCUUUACACACCUCGGAAUCAAUUCGGAGGGCAGUGUUAAACAUCCCAUCGUGCUGACGGAGGCGCCCUGCAACCCGCUGCACUGUCGCCAGAUGAUGUCGGAGCUGCUGUUUGAGUGUUACAGCGUCCCAUAUGUUUCUUAUGGGGUGGACGGGUUGUACAGUUUUUACCACAAUAACGCUCUGAGAAAACAGCAGCCUCCGCAUACUGGCAUCAUUCUGUCUUCUGGAUACCACUGCUCACACAUCCUGCCAGUUAUCAAUAGCAGGCUGGAUGCUGUAAACUGCAAACGUGUGAAUGUGGCUGGAAGUCAGGCGUCGUCGUACCUGCAGCGCCUCCUGCAGCUGAAAUACCCUGGUCAUCUGUCUUCCAUCACACUGAGCCGUAUGGAGGAACUGCUGCACGAACAUAGUUACACCGCAGUGGACUAUCAUGAAGAGAUGGAGAAGUGGCGCAGCCCCGAGUUUUACGAGCGGGAAGUUCAUCGCAUGCAGCUAUCUUUUUCAGGGAAGCUGCCAAGCGGCUGUGUGACGGCAGAGGAGCGGCAGGAAAGGCGAGCACAGCAGCUUCGACGACUUCAGGAGAUCAAUGCCCGCCGCCGAGAGGAGAGGCUACAGCAGGACCAAGAGAGACUAGACAGGCUUCUAGCAGUUCAAGAGCUGUGGGAGGAUGGCCUGUUGGAUCAGUUUCACAGGAGUCUUGUGGAACUCAACAUGGACUCAGCUGAGGAGCUGCAGUCAUAUAUCAAGAAGUUGCAGCUUGCUGUUGAGCAGGGAAGGCAGAAACUGCUGCACAGCGAUGGGGUAGAAGGAAAGACAGAGGGUUUGGAGUUCGAGCAGCCGAUGGAUGAAGGAGACGGAGUGGCACUGAUGGAUUCUGACUUCUUUGAAGACAUGCUGCCACAAAAAUCUAAUAUGGCUCAGCCUUCAUUCAACAUGGCAGAGUACCACCAGCUUUUUGUGGGAACGGAGCGUUUGCGCUGCCCAGAGAUACUGUUUCAGCCUUCGCUGAUCGGAGAGGAGCAGAUGGGGCUGAUGGAAACACUACAAUAUGUAUUGGCCAGGUACACACCUGAGCAGCAGGAAGCACUGGUGAGCAACGUGUUUCUGACAGGAGGGAACAUCCAAUACCCCGGCAUGAAGGAGAGAAUCGAGAGAGAGCUUCUGGCAAUGAGGCCUUUCCAGUCUCACUUCAAGGUAACUAUGGCAUCUCGGCCAGCUCUGGACGCGUGGUACGGAGCACGGGAUUGGGCAUUGGAGCAUCCACCUGGAGAGGCAUUAGAAGGUUGGAUCAGCAGACAGGACUACGAAGAGAAAGGCGGAGAGUAUCUGAGCGAGCAUUGUGCCUCCAACAUAUUUAUUCCCAUGAAAAUUGCCAAACCAGUUCCUGCUCGCUCUGCUGAGCCCUCUGUCACUGCUCAGACAUCUACAGGAGCCUCAGCUGCCAUCACAACAGUCACAUCCUCACUGGAUCCUUCCUCCGCCAGUCUUUCUGCUGAUGUUACCAUGGUUACCUCCUAGAAAAACAGUGUCCUGCUGUUCAUUCAGUUCUUGAAACUAUAGUUUACUGUUUACUCUUAUGCUCCCAUUCAUUCAGAAAUAAUGUUAAUAUACUGAGAUUUUUUGUUUGUUUUCUGCACUGGUUCAAAUUUAAACAUAAAUAAAGACAAUGUAUUGGUUAGAAUGUA